AUGGCUGUUGCUUUAGCUGUGGGAAGUUCUGUCCUGUCGGCUUUCCUUCAAGUUGUAUUUGAUAGGAUGGCUACAAAAGAGUUCGUGAAUCUGUUUCAAAAAGGAAAGAAUGAUGAAGAACUCCUCCAGAAACUCAAGCUGAACUUACUGGCACUCGGAGCUGUGCUUGAUGAUGCAGAGAACAAGCAAACUAGGAACCAAUCUGUCAAAGGAUGGCUAGAUGAGCUUCAUGAUACCAUUUACCAGGCAGAUGAAUUACUUGAUGAGAUCAACACUGAGGCACUACGACUAGAGGUUGAAGCCGAACACCGAAGCUCAGCUAGUCAGGUAAGUGUUUCCACUUACAGCAAAUCUUCCAGUAAUGAUUUCCUUAAGAAGAUGAUGCCAGAGAUAGAAAAAAUGGUUGUCAAACUAGAUUGGUUCGUACAACAAAUUAAUCCCCUGGGUCUGCAAGUUGUUGAUCAAAAAAUUCAAUCAUGUCGACGACUGCCUUCCACUUCUUUGGUUGAUGAGACCAGCGUGUAUGGUCGAGAAGUUGAUAAAGAGAAGAUAAUUGAAAUGCUACUAUCUGAGAGUGUAAAUAGAGUCAAUGUCACUGUGAUUCCAUUGGUUGGCCUUGGGGGAAUUGGUAAGACCACUCUUGCUCAAUUGGUUUACAAUGAUAAGCGGGUGCAAGACCAUUUUUCUAUAAAAGCAUGGGUUUGCAUAUCCGAAGAUUACGAUGCUACCAGGAUAACAAAAGAACUUCUUGGGGAGCUCGAUAUUCCAUUUUCUGAUAUGAGUGAGAAUUUGAAUUCCCUUCAAAUGAAGUUACAAUUGGGGCUAACUCAAAAACAGUUUCUUCUUGUUUUAGAUGAUUUUUGGAAUCGGGACUACAAUGACUGGGAUAAAUUGAAGGUGCUAUUCAAAGGUGGAUUGCAAGGAAGUAAAAUCAUUGUAACUACACGUGAUGAGAAAAUUGCACUAAUGAUGUGUAAAAAAGAGUCGAUUUAUCAUCUGGAUUUGAUGAAAGAGGGAGAUUCUUGGUCAUUGUUUGAAAAGCACGCAUUUGAAAAUAUAGAUGGAAAUCAAAGUUCGGAACUCGAACAGAUAGGUAAGAAAAUUGUGAAGAAGUGUGGAGGAUUACCUUUGGCCAUGAAAACAGUUGCAGGUCUCUUGCGUUCGGAAACAACUGCUGAAGAGUGGAAAGAUAUUUUAGUAAGUGAAGAUUGGAGUCAAACAGACAAUCAAGAUGGCAUCUUGCCAGCAUUGAGAUUAAGCUAUAAUCAUCUUCCUUCACAUCUAAAAAGGUGCUUUGCCUUUUGUGCUGUAUUUCAUAAGGAUUACCAGUUUGAGAAGGAGGAAAUAAUUCAAUUAUGGCAAGCUCAUGAUCUUUUGGAGAACCCUAGAGGUAAUAGAAGAAUUGAAGAAAUAGGUGAACAGUACUUGCGUGAGUUGAGAUUGAGGUCAUUGUUUGAGCAGUCAACUGCCAAUUUUUUCAUAAUGCAUGACCUUGUCAACGAUUUGGCUAGAUUUGUUUCUGGAAAAUAUUGUCUCAGGUUGGAAGAUCAUCACCUAGGGCAUGGUACAAUAGGUAGAAUAAGUAACUUUUCUUACCAUCCUAGUUCUUAUGACACCUAUCAAAAAUUUGAACUCUUGAGGGGGACUAAGAACUUGAGAACAUUUUUAUCAUUAAGUAUUAGUAAAAAUUCAAACCAGAAAUAUGAAGUAAGCCCCAAAUUUUUACAUGGAAUGUUGCCCAAAUUCAAGUCCUUAAGGGUUCUGUCUUUGUUGGGCUAUCAUAUCAUUAAGUUGCCCGACUCAAUUAGUCAUUUGAAACACCUACGUUUUUUGAAUCUCUCUUCCACAAACGUGAAUACCCUACCAGAAUGGAUAUGCACCUUCUAUAACCUACAAACCUUGCUGUUGACAAAUUGUAAGAAACUUCAAGAGUUGCCAGUAAAUUUGGCAAAGUUAAUUAAUUUGUCUUACCUGGAUAUAAGUGGAACUCCAUUGAAGACAAUGCCACUACACAUGGGUAGACUCAGAAACCUUCAAGUCUUGACUAAGUUUAUAGUAGGCAAGAGUAGUGGUUCAAUGAUCGAGGAGUUGGGCAAAUUUCGUAAGCUUCGUGGUGGGCUCUUCAUUUCAAAUCUAGAAAAUGUUUCUUGUGGUAGGGAUGCAUCAAUGGUGAACCUAAAGGGUAAGAAACACCUUGACAAGUUAGCUUUGAAAUGGAAUGGUGAUACCAAUGAUUCGCAAGUUGCGAAAGACGUGCUUGAUAAUUUAGAACCUCAUUCAAGCAUAAAACUUCUCAAGAUCGAAGGAUAUUCUAAGAUCUUUGCAAUCACUUGA